AAACGGACCCAACCAGUCUUAAUCGGUACAUAAGGACCAUUUUUUUCUCAACAAUCCUCUUCAGAGGUAACGCACGGCCUGUUCUCUCCUUCCUCUCUCUCUGUCACACACGCGCAAAGUCGUCAUGAAGCUCGCCCUGAUCUUGUUGCUCGUCGCAGCGGUCGUGUUCGCCGCCGAGGAGAAGAAGGAGGAAGAACGUCCAAAAACAUUUCGAAGACUCAUACCAGCUGACGUUCUUCGCGAUUUCCCUGGGAUGUGUUUUGCUUCGACAAAAUGCGCCACUAUUGAACCAACGAAAACCUGGGACCUAACACCUUUCUGCGGUCGUUCGACGUGCGUCCCAGCCGACGACAACUCCGGUCGACUCUUCGAGCUCGUCGAAGACUGUGGACCACUGCCGAAAGCAAACCCGAAAUGCAAGCUUUCGGAGAAGACGAACAAAACCGCCCCGUUCCCAGACUGCUGCCCCAUCUUCGACUGCGAGGAGGGAGCGAAACUCGAGUACCCGGAAAUCCCGACCCUGCCACCACCAACGGAAAUCGUAGAGACUGAGGAAAAGACGCCGGAAGUAGCGCCGGCCAAAGCUUAAAUUCGAUGAACAUGAAGAUCGUGGCCUUUGCGAACUAAAUUAAUUGAAUCGAUCAACGAAAAUCUUUCUAAUCGUACUCUGAGGCAAUCGUUCGUUUCUAUUAAGGAUUUGUUAUCUCUUUUUCACGACGUUGCACGCUUAUUCCGACACCAAAAGGCCACACGCUGCAACCCCCGGUCACUCUCCAAUGAAAUUAAAUAUUGCACGCAUAGAAUUCAUGCGUUACUUUACGUUUCUCUAAUACGAAAUUGCAAAAAGCGCACCAAGCAGAUUGACGUACAGUUGAAAUUUCAAAGCGUACCCUAAAUAUCCGAUGCUUCAGAAUUUUAUAAUUUCAUUUCGAAUGAUACAUAAUUGCCUCGUAGAAAAUGAAUUUGUUUUCUCUAUCAUUUACCAAAAGUAGGAAGUCUUGCGUAUGUAAUGUAAAAACAUGUGUGAUUGUAACUAUAUGUGAUUAAAUUAAUAUAAUUGUAAUUUAAUUCAA